GUUGUAAGUAAACAUUGGUUGUAAGCAAAAUGUAUGCUGCUACUGUACUUUUGUUUUGUUUUGCUGCUCUAAGUGCGGGUUACACGAUAGCUGCUCCCGAUUAUGGAGCAGAUGUCGUUCGUGCCGACCCAUCAAAUGUCGAAAAAAGAGAAUUCAUAGAGAUGGUGGACAUAGAGAAGUUGAUGAUGGUGACCGUUGGAUAUGUUGACAAUGAAGCAGUGAGAGAUUUAUUUACAAUGGAACGAAGUUCGUUACUUAAGAGGAUAUUGAAAAGGCUUGCAGAAUUUGAUGAAUUUAAGAAGAUCAUCGAAUAUUUGGAAUCUAAAGGAUAUAAUUUACAAUUUAUAAGUGAUUACCUGAAUUCUUACCUUAAUUCAUCUUUGAAAAAACAUGAAUAUUUUGAAUCGGAAAGAAGUCCUGAGGAAGCGAGGUUCGUAGAAAUUUUGAACACCGAAGAAUUCAUUGAGAUGUUCAAGAAAUUAUUGGAAAAAAUUAAAGAGGUAUUAGAUACUUUCAGUUGGACUCUGUUCCAGAAUGUAUGUGAGCUGAUGAAGAAAAUAUUCGGUGAUAAAAUUCCAACCUCAGUAUGUUAAGCUAUUGUGAUUUGAUUUUAAAACGAACAUUUUUAUCAUAGAACUAAUUUGUGUUUUACCAAAAUAAAACCUUAUUUUUAUUUAUCAAACUUGCUUCUUGUACUUACUAUAUCACAACUUAUAAAAU